AUGGAAGUUGCUCCUCUGUCUUUGGCCCACACCCAUGCGAGGAACGCAGUCCUCGAAACCCGCAAAGCCAACCCAGUCGCAGCCAGUGAGGAACAUGAUCUAGCAGCUGGUGAGUUUGCAACAGCUGCCACACAGAGUUCCGAUCAAGAGGCCCUGCGAACAUUACGCCUGCUGGAGACACACCACAAGAAGCUGGCCGAAAUCCUCAGAUUCCAACAUGAACACCCUGCAGCUAUACCAAGUGAAACCUCCCCUUCAACUCUAGCGAACCAGCCCGUGGCAGCCGAUGCCGGAAAUACAAAGAGCGCAGCUUCAGCCCAAGAUGCGCAUCUACCUCCAAGAUUAGCCGGCAACGCCCGAAUUCCAAGUCGAGACACAUCUUCCAUCGCCAGCAAUCUGGCCUCGGCUCGUGGCAUCCCAGCCCAUCCCCGCCGUGGAUCUCCAGUCUCACCCACGAUUUCCUCACACCAUGCUGCGGCAAAGAUGACCGAUCGCCCGCGGGCCAGGACUAGCGAAAGCAGACCGGACGAUGGACCGAAGAGAAUUCGUCAAAGCCGCGUGUCAACGGCCAGACAGCCAUGGUCUCCUCCUACGCCGAGUUCCACCGAGGUCACAACUCAGCAGAUCGCCCCAAGCGCGGUUGAGUCUGCAGCAUCCAAAGACGCCGCUGCCUCGGACGAUGCAUUUAAUCGAUUCUACUCGGCCUUCGGCGGUCUCGUAUCCAAGGUCUCUGGGCCUCUUGCAUUUGCAGGAUUUCAAGUAGGCCUGACAGACCCCACGCGAGAACAGAGCCGCAAGUCCUCAGCAGAGGUCAAAUUAGAUCGCGACCACGCUACUCUGGACCGAUCGAUGACCACAGCUGAGCCAGACAUCACCAAGCUGUUUUCUCGGGCGGCGUUACGGUCCGUUCAGAACGGCUCUGGGACGGGACCUGGGAACCCGGCGGAGUCUUUCUACGUAGUCCCAACCACGGGUGGGACCAUGUCCUACGCUGGUAUUCUCUCACGCUCCGACAAGCAGGCCCUCAAAAACAGCCUUGAAGAAGGAGAUGAAGAUUUCGUGGAUGCCAGAGAAACCCCUUCCUCGCCUGAAAUGCGCCACAGUGCAAAUGGUUCACGUACGUGGACGGGUCGUCGUGCGAAUACAGACAAGCUUACUACACUGCACAACCCAAAGACCUUGGAAGAAAUGCAGAUGGAGAACGAAGCUUUGAAGAGCUUGACGGACAACCUCUCGACUCGAUUACACAUGUGGGAAGUGAAUGCUCAAUCCUCAUCCAUGGCUCUACAGCAGUCGAUUCGAAUGAUGCAUCACCAGAACAAUGGAUCUCAAAUCCCUGAUUAUCUACAGGGUAUCUCUGCUAAUACUUCCCCGGUGGCUACGAUGACUGCGCCUCCAGCGAUUGACCACGAAGCUCGGGUCAAAGAACUCGAGGAUCAGAUUCGACGCGGUGAGCAGAAACUCGAAAGUGCUUCUCACGAGAAUGAAAAGCUCAAGAAUAUUCUGGGCCGGUACCGUGAUCGCUGGGAAAAGUUGAAGGAGGGAGCUAAGACUCGACGGGCCGAAGGUCGUGAUAACCAGAGCAAUCAACCUGGCGGUGCCAGUACACAGGCUGAAGUACCAGCGUCUCCGGUUCCACCAAGCCCUGCUUUGAGCCAGCCAGCCUCUCGAAUUGGCGAUGGUUCAGCAUAG